UCUUAUAUGUCGUGUGUAAAGUGGCUGUGACAUCACUUCUUGGCUUGUCUUGUACUGUUUUUUUAAAAGUCGACUACAGGUAUAGCCUUGUACUGUGUUAGUGCACUCUACAGUGUAGGCAGUUCUUCCCACUAGAAAAUUAAUUAGCAGUAGUGGUAAACACAUAGAUGCAUAGUCGCACCGGUCUUCAAAAUAACCGAAUCUAAAUACACGAUGAGUGCAACAAAGUCCUUGGCGUGGAUAUUCCGUAACCGGAAAAGUAUACAAAAGGGGGGCGCAGUGAGCUUCGCACAGUGGAAGAAAGCAUACGACACCUGCAUUCAACUAGAAGCCUCGUCGUUCUCCCAAUUCGAUAAAGCGGUUCUUGGCGGUGCGCUGUCAAAGUACCCGGCCUUCGCGUUCGCUGCGGGGUAUCAGAGCGCCAUAAGGACGCUAGUGCCGGAUAUCACCAAACUAGAUAACUCCAAUGAGCUUAGCAUGGCCGCGUUCUGCAUCACAGAGAAGCAGGGCAACCGACCACGGAAUAUAGACACAUGUAUUAAAGAUGGCCACAUCACUGGAUCUAAGUCCUUUGUUAGCUGUGGGAUGGAGGCGAAGUAUGUGCUUGUGGCGGCGAAGAAUGGCUCUGAAAUCAACGACAGGGCCACGCCGAAGCUGAAGAUGGUGUUGCUAUCUGCGGACGGGGAAGGAGUGCGCCUGCAGCGUAAGCCGGAGAUGAGCUUCAUCCCCGAAAUAUCACAUGCAGAACUACACAUGACAGCGACUGAGAUAAAACCAGUCCACGGCGUCGAAGCGAUACUACCAGGGGAUGGAUAUGAUUGCUACAUGAAGCCCUUCCGAACCAUCGAGGACACAUACGUCACCGCUGCGUUGCUAGGUUACCACAUGAGCCUUUCGCUGGAUCUGAAUUUGCCUUCAGGACACACAGAGAGUUUGAUGAACCAGAUUCUGGCGCUCUCUGCCCUGUCGGAGCUUCCUCCGGCGGAUGAUGAGACGCACCUCGCACUUGCCGGUACACUGCGGCUGGUUGAUUCGCUGCUGGAUCCCACACACAUCGCCGCCAUUGGGCCCAGCACAAUUGGUUCGGAUGAAUUCGCCAGGUGGAAUAGAGACGCUAAGCUGCUGACAGUGGCGAACAGUAUAAGGGAAGCGCGAACGAAGCGUGCGUGGCAGAACAUCAACCGCAGAGACGACCCCACAGUCUAAUUGGGACAUGACCCGAUUAUUGAUCCCAAUAAAAAACUAAACCCAUUUCCAA